AUGAGUAUUGAGUACCAAGGAAAAGUAAUGGACGACAGUACUGAAGAAAUCUUUUUAGAUGAUGAAUGUUACACAGAUCUGAUAAAAAAAUUGAACGGCAUAAAACAAAUCGUAAGUGAUUCAAACUAUGAAGGAAGUAAAGAAACCUCCGUACAUACACUAUUGCAGGGGUGCAUUGAAAUACUGAACACUGGGAAAAACUCUUUGGAAUGUAUCCAGGAUGGAUCUUGUGAAUCAAGCAGCAUAGUUAGUGGAUUCUUAUCAUAUGAAAAAGGCAUAAUUGCUUCAUUUAAACAUUGUUCAGAGAGCAAUCUGAUUUAUGGCAAUUUAAUUAUGAAUGUAAAGGAAUUGCUCACCGAAUUAUUCAAAAAAGCGUCUGAAAUACAAAUAUUAUUUUUCAGUAUCUUAGAAAAAGUGAAAUUUGAUUUCUCUUUGAAUGGAGAUUUAAGCUUAUUGCUAAGAGUAUUGCAGAAUAUAUGGUAUGGUGCUGAAUCAGUACAUAAUGUGAGUAACAAAAUUAUGGCCACUCAUUGGAAAGCAUAUAUUACUAUGUUAAAGAAGUAUGCUGCAGAGCUAAAAGAUAAUAUCAUAAAUGAUGAACAAAUUGAUUUUAUAUGCUCAGAAAUUAAGAAAACAAUCUCAUCUUUCCACUACAAUGAUGAAGCCUCAUUGAAAUUAUCAAUGUAUAUGAUGAGUGUUUUAGUUAAACUUUGCUCGUAUGGUUGUGUAUCAAAAUCUCAUAACGUAUUAUUAGAGUUUAUUUUAUUCUUAAAUAGCUACUGGUUAUCUGACACACAAGAUGCUGUUGCCGUCAAAGAUAGAUUAUCACAAUUUGUUAAUCAGUUAGUGUUGUUAUUAGAUGAUACAUUUUUGGAGACAUUUCAGUCAAGCUGUCAAGAAAUAGUUAAUAGCAACUCUUCAAGUCGAAAGAUGUCUGCCAUGUACAUUGCAAUGUUGCUUAUAAAACGUCUAACAAAAACUCCAUGUGAUAAACAAGCUCAUCAGAUUAUUUGCAUUGUUUUUAACUUGAUGAAAUCUGCGAAUUCUGUAGUGUGUUGUUACAAUGUAGAUAUCUACGAAGAUCUACUGAUUAAUUUAACGUCAGUAAUACUAGUGUCUGAUUACAGUUUGUUUGAAAAUGUUGAGAACAUUUUAAUUGAAAAUAUUCUCAAUAUUGAGUAUUGGCCAGCUAUGUUUAGUACUGAUUUAUGGAUAAUUAUUAUGAGAUAUUUGUCACCAGAUUUACGUAUCUUACAAUUUUCAAAAUUAGCUAGACUUUUUGAAGCAUUGAUCGUUUUUCCAUGUUUUACUCAAUGUCCACAGCAUAUUUAUCUUGAAAUGUUGUUGAAAAGACAUUUCUCUUUAAUAACAAAUAAAAAUCAAUUAGUGAGUUGUUGUCCUCAACUAAAAUUACAAAGUCUGAAAUCUACUAUUGGAAUACUUCAUGUCUCAACACUUUCAAAAUACAAUCAACUAUCAGAAAUGAUAAAGAUCAUAAGUAUAUUACCAGAGCAAACAAAUUUUGAACACUUAAAUGAUGAUAUAAUACAUUUAUGGAGUUCUAUUGAAGACGAGUACCCACCAGAAUUCCUAUGUGCAUUAGUUGAAGUCAGUAUUUGUUCCGAAAAAUUACUGAAGACAAUUAUCCCAAAGACUACAAAAAUACUGAGUAGCUGGGCUAAUGAUGAUACUACAGAAAUGAAGCGAUGUAGACUACGGUUGAUUCAAUCAAUAUUAUUGCAUAUGCCAAGGUUCCAUGUGGAACUGGUUAUGGAAAUUUUGCUUCGGUACUUGUUUGAUCGUCAUCCAUUAGUACAACAAUGGACAGUUGAAACUAUAGUGUAUAUUUCCAGUGUUACUGAAAGUCAAAAUAACUUAAUUUAUGUUCUCUUUAAACAACCUAAAGUUCGAAUUAUUAUAACAGAUUAUUUGGAAAUGAAAAUCAAUCAUACUUAUAAUCAUAAUGAUUUGAUACAAUAUUUUGAACAAUUAUCCCUUUGUGGAAAAUUUCAACACAUGUGUUCAUUUAAUGGUAAAUUGGGUAAAGUAUUGGAUACAUUAAAAAAAGAUAUUGACUGUUUGAAUGAUAUAGUAAGUAAAACUCAAAUAACCACAGAUGAGCUGGGAAGAUUAAAAGAAUAUUCAUAUCUUUUAAAUAAUAUUUGUGAGACAAUGAAUUAA